ACCCCACCGGCGCAAAGCCGUCAUUGGCUAAACUCACUGCACCGGCGAUGUCAAAAAGCUUUGCUGGUGAUGGAGGGAGCGCUGUUGAAAUGGACCAACUAUCUUUCAGGCUGGCAGCCACGAUACUUUGUGCUGGAGAAUGGCAUCCUUUCAUAUUAUGACUCGCAGGAUGAUGUGGGCAAGGGAAGCAAAGGCAGCAUUAAGAUGGCUGUCUGUGAGAUCAAAGUGCACACUACUGAUCCCACUCGUAUGGAACUAGUCAUCCCAGGUGAGCAGUACUUCUACCUGAAGGCGGGAAGGGCUGCUGAAAGACAGAAAUGGCUGGUGGCUCUGGGCAGCUCCAAAGCCUGCCUUGGUGACAGCAGGAGCCAGAAAGAGAAAGAUCUGGACCUCAACCAUGAGUCCCUGGGGAGGAAGCUGUCUGAACUACGGCUGUACUGUGAUGUGCUGACGCAGCAGGUCCUGGCUGUGCAGGAGGCAACGCAUCCCCAAGACAACGGCUCCCUGCUUGACAUUCAGAAGAUGAAUGAAGCAUCAUCCUUGUUACGGGCCACCUGCAGCCAGUUCAUCUGCACACUGGAAGAGUGUAUGAAAUUUGCCAAUACCCGCCUGGCUCCUGAGCUCUACCAUCCUUCAGUUCCGCAGCCUUCAGAUUUUGUGGGCACCAAACUCCCACAUUCCCAUCGGGUAAGGCGUUCGUUGAGCCAUACAGGUGUGGUCUCUUCAGACAGAGCUCUGGAGCCAGCUCGGAUCCCUCCCAGGGGCACUGUGACGGUUUUGCGCAACCUGGAGGAGAUGGUGAUGCUCCGUUCACAGCAGUGGGGACAGCAGAAUUGCCGACCAGAAAGCCCCACCGGCACCAUAGCUGAAGAAGUAGCUGAUGCCCCACCGCCAGCACAAGACUCGCCAGUGGAUUCAGCCGGCAGAGACCAGUGACCUUAACCUGGGCUCUGGUGCUGCUUCAGCUCUUCCAGAAUGUUUGGAGCCAUCCUUACAGCUAGCUAGCUAGCCAGGACAACUAGCCCCAGGUUCCCUCCUCUAGCUUAGGAUCAGCCUGGACCUGCAGGACAUGUGGCUGAGUGCACCCUGCAAGGCCGGUAGGCCUCAUGGACAAGGAGUAGGUGCCGAGAUCUGUUUCAUUCCUCAGUCUUGCAGUUGGCGGGUGUUCUGAGUUGCCGGGCCUGUUGCUGGGGGUCUCCAAGCAAUCACCUGGUGAGAAACUUUGGAUUGAGACAAGAAGCAGGGUAGUGGCUAAAUUCUGUGUUGCCUGGGACCUCAAAGAAGAGAAGGCCUUGGGCGGAGCGCUGGACACUUGGACUUGGGUGGAGCACUGGACUGCCACUGCCGUCCCACAACUGUAUGCUUUUGUUAGGCGUUCUUUCAGUCACUGUUUGAGCUGAAGAUCUGGCAGCUCGUGGUCUGGUGUGGCUUCAGGUGACCUCUUCCCCUUCCUCGGGCUAAGAUCCAGAGUCCAGUCUUAGUGUUGUUAUCCUCCUUGCCGAUUUAGGGGGUUCUCCAUUAAUAUGAUGACUCAGAUAUUCUGCUCA